GUAAGCGGUUUAUAUGAUUGUGGCUGUUCUUGUCUGCUAUACUUCUUUAUCGGCAGGGACUGCACCAGUGCGGCGGAAGCGAAAUCCUCGUAUCACGCUUUUACCCUCAAACGCGGCUCCUGGAAAGCGGACCGAGAGGGCCUCGCCGGGUCGGUACUUGUCUCUGAUGGUCGCGCAAUCUAAAUUGUCAAUUUCUGUCCAUGGUUUGUCGCCGAGCCAACUUUGCCCACGGCGGCUUCAUAACACGAACAUCAUGCCGAGACCAAACUUGCCUAUCCCAGAAUCAAGGAGAACACGCGAAGUGCUGCGGUAGCAUGCUCCAUUGUCCAUCGAAUCCAGAGGCCGGGAUCACAUCGCUGGCGGUAGGCAGUACCACGACAUUUAAUGUGG